AUGACUCGCACCAGCUUGAAGAAAAAAUUCUUCAGCUGCUGUGUGCUCAUCUUUCUCCUGUUUGCCAUCAUCUGUGUGUGGAAGGAAAAGAAGAAAGGGAAUUACUAUGAGUUCCUUAAACUGCAAAACAAGGAAUACCAGGUGUUGCAGGGCCUGGAGAAAGUGGCCGUGAGCUCUAGUUCCCAACCUGUGUCCUCCAGCAGCACCCACAACCCCCAGAGGAACAUCCAGGCACCCGGUGGUCCCAAGGCCAAGUUGAAGGCUACCUUCCAGGUGUGGGACAAGGACAGCUCCUCCAAAAACCUUGCCCCCAGGCUGCAAACUAUCCGGAAGAAUUAUCUGAACAUGAACAAGUACAAAGUGACGUAUAAGGGGCCGGGGCCCGGGGUCAAGUUCAGCGCAGAGGCCCUGCUUUGCCACCUCCGGGACCACGUCAACAUUUCAAUGAUAGAGGCCACAGAUUUUCCCUUCAACACCUCUGACUGGGAGGGCUACCUGCCUCAGGAGGACAUUAGGACCAAGGCUGGGCCAUGGGGCAGGUGUGCUGUGGUCUCUUCAGCAGGAUCUCUGAAGUCCUCCCGGCUGGGCCGAGAAAUAGAUGAUCACGAUGCAGUCCUGAGGUUUAAUGGGGCACCCACAGUCAAAUACCAACAAGACGUGGGCACGAAAACCACCAUUCGUCUGGUAAACUCUCAGUUGGUCACCACAGAAGCGGGCUUCCUCAAAGACAGUUUGUACAAUGAAGGAAUCCUAAUUGUGUGGGACCCAUCUGUUUACCAUUCAGAUAUCCCAAAGUGGUACAGGAAUCCCGACUACAGUUUCUUCAAUAACUUCAAGAGUUAUCGUAAGCUGCAUCCUGAUCAGCCCUUUUACAUCCUCAAGCCCCAGAUGCCUUGGGAGCUGUGGGACAUCAUUCAAGAAAUCUCCUCGGAGCUGAUCCAGCCAAACCCCCCAUCCUCUGGGAUGCUCGGCAUUGCCAUUAUGAUGUCACUGUGUGACCAGGUGGAUAUUUACGAGUUCCUCCCAUCCAAGCGCAAGACUGACGUGUGCUACUACUAUCAGAGGUAUUUCGACAGCGCCUGCACAAUGGGCGCCUACCACCCACUCCUCUUUGAGAAGAACAUGGUGAAGCACCUCAACCUCGGCACGGACGAAGACAUCUACCUGCUUGGAAAAGCCACGCUGCCUGGCUUCCGGACAAUUCGCUGCGGAGCAUAAGCUCCCCAGCCAGGCCUCCUCACCCUUCCCCACUGGCAUUUUACAGCUGGUCUUCUGGCCACCCCGGGCCUGGGAAGGAAGACUGUGUUCCUGAAUAAUCACAGCCCACACUUCAGGCAGCAAGAGCCCUGGGGCUUCAGAAACUGAAGGGCAGGGUUCCCAGCCCAGCCUGCCGUGUUGUCACGGGGGUUUGUGAACCCAGAGCCUCCUGUCUCACUCAUAUAUAUACCUAUUUAGCAUUCCCUCCAGAAACGGUCCUCCCGCCCCCAACCUAGGUAAAUGCAAGAUCCACCUUUCCCACCAGGGCUGCCAAAACUGGUCUGCUUUCCC